UUAACUCAAUACAAGAGCUCGCUUCUUCUCAACCUUCCCUUUCCCCUUCUUCAUCAAUCCCAACAACAAGAAGAACGAGACGAUUCCCCAAUCCCCAGCACGCUCACCAGCAUCGUGGUCAAUUCCUUCAGCUUGUAGACUAGACAGCUGAUCCAUCCCAUCCCUGUCUUACUCACUGUGAUCAAACUUUCAGCUCGCCCUCCCCUGUACUAGCACGCCCCAACACUCAGAACCAUGUCAAACACCAAGAACUCCGCGGUAUCUGAUGAUCCGGUUGAUGUUCUUGUUGUCCUGCACAACAAGUUUGACCUCCUUGACUUUGCAGCGGUCACCGAGGUCCUCACCACAGCUCUGCACAAUAAGGACGAUCCUUCUUCCAAGGCUUUCGAAGUCACCACUGUUGCUGCCGAACCCAAGGCCCUGUCCGAGCAGGGCGUCAUUGUUGCGACCAAUAUCUCGUUCAAGGAAGCCUACGAUCAACUUGAUGACUACGAUGUCCUCGUCGUUCUUGGCGGUAACAGCGAGGCCAUUCUCAAGGAGAAGGCCGAGCCCCUGAAGAUUGUCAAGGCCUACAGUGACCUUCAGAUGAAAGACACUGGCCGAGAGAGAACUCUCUUGUCCAUCUGCACUGGUUCCCUCUUCCUUGCUGAGCAGGGCAUCCUCUCUGGCCUCGCAGCCACGUGCCAUCCCGACUUCAUGACGGCUUUCGAGAAUAUCUGCAGUCAUUCAUCUGUCCGUGACGGUACCGACAGAACUGACGUUGAUGAGGAGGCUCGCUACGUUGUCAACAACCUUCGAUUCGAGAUCGGUGACGAAGACGAGAACCCUUACAUUCGCCGCAAGUCAGAUGCUGGCAGACGCCCGUCCGCUGGUGCACGCAAGGGUAGCAUCUCAUUCAAGGGGACGUCCCGCCGGGAGUCUGUUGCCAGGCGCGCAGCGAUGAGACUCGGUGGUCUUCGGGUCAUCACGAGUGGGGGAUCAACUGCUGGCAUAGAUGCAACCUUGUAUCUUGUCAGCAUUCUGGUCGACGAUGAGGCCGCCAACGAGACGGCUCGUGUUUUGCAGCACAACUGGGUCAAGGGUACCGUUGUGGACGGUCUUGACGUUUAGACGGAUAGACAAAAGCGAUUGAAUGAGUCGAGAUCAUCCAAGUCUCGCUCAUAGUAGGCAUAAAGCAUGCAAACCGGACAGGUCAUGAUAGUUUCCAUCCUCGCUCAAUAAAGUAAAAAACAAUGUUCAGUUAAUUAUA